AUGUAUAAUUCUCGUUAUGGUAGCCAAAAACUCAUGCAAAAUCAAAGAAAUGCAGAAACUCUUCUAGAAUUUCUACUAGAUAAACUCCAAGAAGAAACUAAAUCAGAAUGUGAGCAUCUUGGAUUUGCAAUUGAAGAGCUUUUUCCAUUGUAAAUUUCAAUAUAGGAACGCAAAAGAGUUUAACGAUAAAGAAACUUCUUCCAAACUUUCUUUACCCCGCUAUAAUCACUAUGAACAGAAAAGAUUUGUCAAACUUUUAAAAGUUUCCACAGAAAUCUGUCAAAAAUUAGAAGGAAAAAACCCUUUAGCUUUCGCUAAACUACAAAAUCUUAUAAAUGGGAUAAAUCUAAGUGAGUCUUUAUCCCCUGUGAAGCCAAAAGGCAGCCUAAAUUCAGUAUCACAUAGCGUUACUUUUCAGUCCCCGCAUGAUGUUAUUGAUUAUUGUUAUACCAGAGAAAGAAAAAAAUAUAAUCAUUCAAUUAAUUUAAUAUAAAUUACUUCUAGUUAGGCUUCUAGUUUCUCCAUCUUGUCGCUACUCGCGAACUCAUAUAGGUCUUGCAGUCCAGCUUGCUCCUCCAAGCACCUGUGAAGCCAUUUGGGAGUACAGAAGUACAGUAAACACUAGCAAUUUGGAGCGUUGUCUCAUUCUCUCUGAUAUUCCUCAUGCACCUGCUGCUUAAGGUUUAUGCCUUUAUAUAAUAAAUGGUAAGAAGUAAAACACAUAGAGAAGGUAGGAGAAAUAUAAAAUUUCUUUCAAUUUCUCCUAAUGUCUAGGAGUUCACGUGUAAAAACUUAGACCCAUAAUAAUAAAAAUGGGGGGAAAAGGAAUUAACAAAGUGAAUUACCUUUUUGUCCGGAGUCAUUUUUAUUUAUGAGAAAAUAUAAUCAAAGCUUAAGAGUCCUCAACAAUAUUUCUACUAUAAAAAAAGAAGAAUUUGAAAAAAUCCAAGAGAAAAUUUCACAAUUUGACUUAAAAGAAAAAAAAAUUAAAGCAGAAUUACAAAAAAAAGAAGAAAAGCACGAAAAACAUACAGAAAUUCAGAAUAUAAAAAGACAUCAACAUUUAGAGAAAAAAUCAGAAAUUGAAGAAAUUUUCAAAAAACAAUGCGGAAGGCAUUUUUUAGAGUUGGAAGGAAAAAUGAAAAAAUUGUCUGACUCUCCUCUUUAAAUUGGAACAAAAAUAUUGGUAAAAUUUUCAUUUUUUUGGUAAAUUAACCCUAUAAAAAUUUUAAUUUUCAAUGGAAAUUUUUUAAGUGAAAAACUUAUGUGUUUUAUAUAAAUAGCUUUGAUCUUAUUUAAUAAAAUUAGUUUAGGUAGAUUGCGAUAUAAACAUUUUUUUCACACUAAAUCGAUUAAUUUCUUAUAUGAAUUCUUAAUAAAAAAUCAAUUAAAAUUCAAAAACAUUGCAUUCAAUUCUUUUAAAAAAAAAAUCAUUAUGAAUUUUUUUGAAAAAAGUAGUUCUUGAAAUUUGAACAGAAUUUGUUGUUUCAAUAUAAAAGGGAGGACUGAGGCAAACAAAAUAAAAAUCCGAGAAAAAUUAAAAGACAAACACGAGGAGAUAAAGAAAAAGAUUGAGCAGGAUUUUGAAAAAAUUGUAAUGAGUGAGGAAAGAUUUAUAAGCGAAAGCGAAGAGGUGGAAAAACUUAUGAAAGAAUUAGAAGAAAAAAUAGAUAGAAGGAUAGAAAAAUAUGGGAAAAUUGUAAAAAUGAGAAUUCAAUCAGCAAGAGAGCAUGCUGAAAAGGUUGGGUAUAUCAUGAAUUUAUCCCAAAUGGAAGAAAUAAAGCGGCAAGAAGAAAAUUUAAAAAAAGCCAUUGCAAAGUCAUUGACACUUUCUGAUAAAAAAGAGAAAAAAGAAAAUUAUGCUAGAGAAACUGUUGGAAAAACCAAGAAAAUGAUUGAAAGAAGUAUUAAUAGAAGAACUAAAAGUCUUAAUGAAAAAUACGAAGAAGAGAACGAAAGAAUCAAAAAUAUUGAGCAGAGAGACUCAAGAAAGACAAAAUCUCAGCUAAAAAUUCAGAGGGAUGCUAAAAUAUUGAGAAAAGAAAAAAUUAAAAAAAACAUAGAAAAGAAAAGCGAGCAAAUAGAAAAAUAAGGCUAUUAAUUUUUAUUAUUUAUUUUUUUGCAUAUGAAUUAUUUUUUCGUUAGAAAAAAAUUUUAUUUAGAAGGAUAGCAUAAAAAACAGGAAAAUUAUUAAAGGCACUUAUCCUUGAACAAUUUGUCAAUCCAUAAAAAUAUAUGAAGGAAAUGCAUGAAUUUGAUAAAUUUAGGGACAAAAUUCUUGAAAAGCAUUUUAAGAUGGCUCAAAUUGCGGAUGAUAUAAAAAAUCAUAGAAAUCAGCUGUCAACAAUAACCAGAAAAAGCAAUCUUGAGCUAAAUAUGGUCAGAAGUGAAUAUACUUCACCUGCUAAAUUAAAUAAAAACGUGGCCUAG